AUGGACUCUACCGCACCACCCGAGUCUCAACUCAAGAGCAAAAUCCCUCCUCCAUCCAACCCAACCGACGACCUAGGUCUCCCCGCAAACGUCCUCUCCGAAAUCGACGCCCUCCUCCAGGAAAGUCCAACCCCACAAGUUGAACCUGAAGACCCUCCCCCAGGAAAACGAGUCCAUUAUCUCCGCGAAGCCCAAUGGACUACUAUCAGCCUCCCUCCAUGGCACGACAUGAUGCAUCUCACUCCGGUCCGUGAACCCGUCAACAAACGCAUCAUAAUCAUCAAAGAAGCUCUGAACCUCAAGAGUUUCCUCGAUUCACGACCCCGCAAGCGCAACGCCAUGCUCGCCCAAGCCGUUGGUGUCAAGGUCACACCGCAGUGUGAGCAGUGCGAACAAGGCAAAGGCCAAUUCGUGGGCUGUGUUGUUAUUCCUGAUAUGUUUGAGGGGGCUUGCGCGAAUUGUGUUUGGGAGAAGUCGCGAUGUCAGAAGGGGCAGUGUAGCUUUCUUUUGGAGAAGGAGCAUCUGGAGGAGGGUUUGAAGCAUGAAGAGAAGAUGCGGAGGGGUGGUGGACAUACUUUCUUUGGGGUGUGGAAAUUGCCCAAGAAGUGA